GCCAUCGGCAGUAGGCCGGUAGCAUGGAUCGAGUGCACCGUCCGCCGAUCGAUGGACAAGUACCUGCCCCGCAUGCAAUGGAGUAGCAACCGGGUCCCUGCGCAUCGGCGGUGCACGUCCUUCGAUGCCCAAACGCACAACGCCGACCCAACCCGACCUCAGGGACGACAGCGCGUGCAGACCAGUGGUGCGUCCAACACCCACUGUGGAGAACAUCACACGAGGAGUGUCAAACAUGCGGGCACACAACGAUGGCGGUGACGAUGAUGGUGGUGGCGGUGACGAUGCUGAUGAACGAUUUAGGGAGGACGUGGAAGCAGGGGACGACGACGACGACAUUCCUAUUCGGCCUUUGGGGAAGACGGGUGGGAGGGGGAGAGGGCGCAGCAGAGGUGUUGUUCGUGGCCGAUCCGUUGGCCGUGGGGGCAGAGGUGACGUCAGCGACGACGGCGGGAAGUCUGGGACGUACUGGUCUCCGGAAGAGAAAAUGCAACUGGUGAGAUGCAAGCGGGAGCAAGAGAUGCACCUCGCCGGGCUGGGUCACAAUUACGGGUGGAUGCGGACCAAGGAGUGGAAGUGGGACGACAUUGCGAAGCGCAUGGCGAAUGUGGGGAGGCCUAAAGACACGGACGACUGCAUGAAGAAGUGGGACAAUCUCUUCCAAAACUACAAGAAGAUACAGAGGUUUCAGAAUGCGAGUGGCCGGCCAGAUUUCUUCGGGCUAUCAAAUGAAGAAAGGAAGGAGCACAACUUCAAGUUCUGGAUAGAGAGGGCGCUGCGAGGAGCGGGUGUUGGGGAGUCUGUUGGUAGUGAGGCCGCUGGUGAAGGCUUCCCUGAAGAACGUUCCUCUACGAGGGACUCCGACAACAACGCAGCCAGCGGGGCUGUAGGCGGGAAGCGGAAGAAUGCGCGUCAACAGGCGUUGGAGUCGAUUGCUGAUGUCAUGGACCGCCAUGGCGAACUGAUGUCGUCGACGAUCGAAUCGUCUAGCAAGCGGCAAUGCAGCAUAUUCACGAGGCAAUGCGACAUACUCGAGCAGGAAGUUGCAGUCCAGAAAGCGCACUAUGCGGCGUCCGAUGAGACGCAGAGGAUGAUGUUCCACGCGCUUAUGGAGAUCGUUACCGCCAUCCGUGGUCGGUCGGCGAUGUAGGGCGCACGUUGUGUGUGUGUGUGUGUGUGUGUGUGUG